AUGGAAACCCAGCAGACGGUACAGCCUUACGACUUGUCCCUCCACCAUGCCUGCCGACUCAAGAUGUAUUGCGAAGGCGGCCGCGAUGUGACCGAAGACCUAGCCGACCAUAUUGCCUUUGGCAAUGAAGGGUUCCAUGUGGCCAAGCUCGGCAACGUCCGCGAAGACAACGGCGAAUACCAAGCCCUCGUCUACUGGCUUGGCCUCGAUGAAGACGAAGCCUCAUGGGAGCCCGUUCGCUCCCUCAAUGAAGACAUCCCCAUCGUUUUCCGCCGCUGGGUUCACCAACAUGAAGACCAAGAAGAAGUGAAGAAAAUGGCCGCGGACCUCGAGAAAACCCUCGGACACUCCCUUUAG